AUGUUCGGAGACGCUGACGUGUUUGGCAGAAGCAGCGACGAAUUCGACUCCGGCGUCGUUGCAGGUGAUGUAUAUAUGACCGGAGGGACUGGUGGUGAAACGGCCGGCCAAAAUGGCGACGUUGAUGGGUUUCCUUUGAAGCCAAACAAACUCUUUAUGCAAGAGGCGAUUGGAACUGAGUAUGGAGAAGGGUUUGAGAAGACAAACGUGCUUUGGCUAUGUUUGUUUAACUAUGAGGAGAAGGCUAAGCGUGAGAAUCCUAUUAGAAUGUCUGCUAAAACGGUGCUGGAGCUUGAAGCUGGCAUUGGUCGUUUCACUGGUGAAUUGGCUCAAAAGGCUGGUGAAGUUAUUGCCCUUGACUUCAUUGAAAGCGCCAUUAAGAAGAAGAGAAAGGUGGUUAAUGAGUUUAAUGCAUCAAGCAAAUGGAGAAAGAGAGGGAUCUCGUGUGUGCCUGCGGUUUAUGGAGUGUCUCUGCGGUUAACACCAGGGAGAGUAAGUGUUUUGAGCGAUGGUUCAAUAGUGGUUGAGGUUCCAGGGAUUGAGAUAGGACAAGGGCUAUGGACAAAGGUGAAACAGAUGGCUGCCUUCUCACUUGGACUGAUCCAGUGUAGUACAACAAGCGAUGAGCUUCUUGAGAAGAUCUGUGUCAUCCAAGCAGAUACGUUGAGUUUGGUACAAGGCUCAGUAACUGGUGGUAGCACAAGCUCUGAGGCUAGUAGUGAAGCGGUUAGGAUUUGCUGUGAUGGCUUAGUUGAAAGGCUGUUACCUGUCAAGACUGCUUUGGAGGAGAAAACAUGA